CAUCACUUAAAGACCGGAUAGCACUAAACAUGCGGAAUGCCCCAGGGACCUGAGUUCUUCCUGAUGCUCUUUGAGGACUCAAACACCUCCCCUGGGUCAGACUUACUCUAACACCAGAUGACCAACCGCUCAGUGAUAGUUCAUUAAACGAGGCCCUCAUAAAGCUGCAGGCACUGACGCUAUUCCAGGACAGGAGCCAUUCUCUAAUCAGUGAACUCUCGGUUAACCCAUUCAGCAGCGCCACACUGUGAUGCUCCUAGCUGCCUUUUCUACUCGUCUCAAGAGAGCCACCAAGUUAAAUUACAUUCCUUUACUCUGAAGGCUCUAGCGGACCUCUUUUGAGUUAUCGACCCAGCAUGCUGGAGUGGCUUGAGGAGAGCUUCGGCACAUAUCCUGCGGGGACCCACUGCUUUUUAUUAGAGGAAGGACAUAAUCGAGGACACCUGUUCAGACGGCGCAAAAUGAGGCAGCGCAGACGUGGGCAGAGUGUGGGGGUAUAGGAAGAGGAGAGAGCGGGAGGGUAGGUAGUAGUGUGUGUGAGGCUGUCAGACAGCAUGGUCUGGGUCUGAGGACAGCACUGGAAGACAAAACAGCCGCCUACUGAACUCCAUGUAGACCAGAGUGGUGCCAUCCACAGAUCACCUGGACCUGUUCACUCAUCAGCACCCACCCAAGACAACACCUGCCUGUUUUAGAAGUAAGCGGAGUAGGACCAGGGAGGUGGGUCUGUUUAUAUUCUUUUUCUUUUAUUAUUUUCUCAGUUUUUUUGGUUUUUGGAGUUGGCUCCUGGCUGGACCGCAUGCAUGACACAACGCAAAGGCGAGAAACCCACCAUCAGCAUCCAGGAGCACAUGGCCAUUGACGUGUGCCCUGGCCCCAUCCAGCCCAUCAAGCAGAUCUCUGACUACUUUCCCCGGUACCCACGGGGCCUUCCCCCUGCUCUGCCCCACGUUGGGCCCCUCCGCUCUGCCCUCUCCACCUCCUCAGCUUCUGCCUCCACGACUGCUGCUGCUGAGAGUGACCGCCCCAAUGAGGAUAACCCAGACCGGGCUCUUGCCGGAGCCUCCGCCUCCUUACAGGCCACCAAAAAGGACGAGGAGCCUGAUGUGGAGGGAUACGACUCAGAUGACUCCACUACACUGGGAACCUUGGAAUUCAGUUUGCUGUACGACCAGGAGAACAAUGCACUGCACUGCACCAUUAACAAAGCCAAGGGGCUCAAGCCAAUGGACCACAAUGGGCUGUCAGAUCCCUACGUCAAGUUGCACCUACUGCCCGGCGCCAGCAAGGCCAAUAAACUCAGAACCAAGACCCUGCACAAUACACUCAACCCAGUCUGGAAUGAGACCCUGACCUACUACGGCAUCACUGAUGAGGAUAUGGUCCGCAAGACACUCAGGAUUUCAGUGUGUGAUGAGGACAAAUUCCGCCACAACGAGUUCAUCGGGGAAACGCGAAUCCCUCUCAAGAAGCUGAAGCCCAAUCAAACCAAGAAUUUCAACAACUGCCUGGAGAAACAGUUACCUGUCAAGACGGAAGACAAGUCUCUGGAGGAACGUGGACGAAUCAUGAUUUCUCUGAAGUACAACACCCAGAAGUCUUGCCUGGUAGUGGGCAUCAUACGCUGUGCUCACCUUGCCGCCAUGGAUGCCAACGGCUUCUCCGACCCCUACGUCAAAACGUAUCUGAAGCCAGACGAGAACAAAAAGUCAAAGCACAAGACUGCUGUGAAAAAGAAGACGCUCAAUCCUGAGUUCAAUGAGGAGUUCUGUUAUGACAUAAAAUAUGCAGACCUCACCAAAAAGACCUUGGAGGUGACCGUAUGGGACUACGACAUUGGAAAGUCGAAUGACUUCAUAGGUGGUGUAUCUCUGGGUAUCAAUGCAAAUGGAGAAAGGCUCAAGCACUGGUUUGACUGCCUCAAAAACAAGGACAAAAAAAUUGAACGCUGGCACACGUUGACCAAUGAAUUACCUGGUUCAUUAAAUGACUGAACGCACACAUCCUUCGUCCAACCUGUUCGCCGGCUGCACCAGGACUCCCGCAUCCUCCCCGUCCUCUCCGCCCAGGUCGUCUUCUCUGGGUCGCCCUCGUGUUGCCCGCAUCGACCUGAGACGCCUCUCUUUGGGAAUACACAGUAUUUCCUCUCCACAGGGCUGAGCUUAAAACAUACACAUCUCAUGUUUGUGUUCAACAACACUUUCACACAUACAGAAAGGAGGUUGCACAGCUGCUCAUUUCAUGUUUUUCAGAGAAAUUCAAUCCACAAGAUGACUGACAGGGAUUGUAGUGUUGACUUUAAAGGAUUCCUGUAUGAACGGUGGAAGAUAAAAGAAGCAAAGUCUAUUUGAUGAGAUCUUUUACAGCAGUUAAAGAAUUUCCACUAAUCCAUAAAGCUGCACAGGAAAACCCUCAUGAUUUCAAUUUCAUGGCUAUGAGCAGAGUCUUAGGAUUUAAAGUAGUGGAUACACUAACAAAGGAUGUAGCAAAUAUUUCGUAUCAUUAACACAAGUUCUAGAUUUGGAGCAUAUAUUUUCCAUUUGGGCAGAUGAGAGCAAUGCCACAGAGACUUUGUGUAGUUUAUGGAGAACAGUCUUUAAAACCGGCUGCAGGUUGAGGUCUCAUUAUGCUUCAAACAAACUGUCUAACCAUGACUCUCUGUAAUGAAAACCGCUGUUUUGUUUGUUUGAUAGAGUUAAUAGUGAAGCUUGUGUAAAGGCAAAAACUCCACAGAGAAAGAAAGCUGGGCUCCGGCAAGAGUUGCCUAUAGCUACUUUAUAUUGUAAGCCAAAUAAUCUACAAUAAUAAACAGCAGCCUCUAACAAUCAGAAGGCCCCCAAUGUGCAAGCAGAGUGACACAAGCGAGAGUGGGAAGGAAGAACUCCCUUUAAACAGGAAGGAACCAGAGAUUAAUGAGUAAAUGCAAAGUGGUCUGUAAACACACACAGAGUGAGUCUUAAGUAGAAAGGAGUUACAACGCCCUCCAAUACUCACUAACUUUAUUCUGUAAAGGUAGUUUUAGUUAUUUUAAACCAUAAGUUGAUAAAAUAAUCUUUGCUCAUGCAGCCAAAACAUUAUUGUCUGCAGUUUUAAAGCAGAAAACUUUUUUUAAAUUGUGGUUUUUACUUGUUAAGAAAGAUAUUGCAAACAAUAUCAACCUGCUAGCAUCAUAUUAAUCCUUAUGUGGCCAGUUUAAAGAAUAUAGUUACAUUUGAAGGAUCAAUAUGUCUAAAUUACAACAAAAAAGUAUACUUUCAUAGCCUCCACCAUCUAUUUGGAUUCAGCUGUAGACUGAUGUAUGCUGAUAUUAGCACCACAGCACCAGAUGGCUAGUCAUCUAUCCAUUUGUUUUUUCAUGCUUAUCCAACUACGAGUCACAUUGGAGCUGGGCUGGGUACACCCUGGACCCUUCGUGUUAGUCCAUCAUAGGCCUAACAUGAAGAGACAGUCACACGCUCCCCAAUUAACCUAGCGUGCAUUUCUGUGGGCUCACACAGACAGGGAGAACAUGCAAACUCCACACAGAAAGGCCCCAGCAUGCCACCCCUGGUGAUAUAUUGAAUGCAAUCGGACCCCAUCCUGCUUUAAUUAGAUUCCCCUCUGACUGUGUUUCCUGUCUGUCAUAUGUUUUGGGAUAUCAGCAACGAUGGAUAGCUGAAUGCAAGACUCCUGCCGUGCAGUUGUCAUUCGAAAGUGUAUCAUUCACUUUCACCGUGACAGAGAGUGAUGAUCAUAUGAAAGGUUCGGCUUUGGAAGAUGUGGGUGAGAAACUUGAGAAAGAUCCAGAUUCCAGUGUGGCAGAUCAUGGGCAACAAAGAAUCUAAAUAGUAUAACAGAAGAAAAGGCCCAAAGGUGGUGCAUCAGGUCUGAAUUGAGCUUUUUUCACAUUCAUUGGGCUUUGCACUGUAAAAUUCAGUUAAAACAGAGUUACCUUUACCUCCCAAAGAGUCUGAGGAAGAACAUUUAGCAGAAACGGCCUCACCUCUAGUGUUUUUCUUCACACGCUAAUGUUUUUUAGCCGCAACAACAGAAUCGUAUUUCUUGCCAAAUUCACUAUAGUGAAAUUCAAGGGAAAUGGUCGUCGUUUUGAGGGUGUGGAGAAGAUCCAGCGAGCAUAUCAAAUACAGUGUCUACAAAAUGUCCUGGAAGCAGUGCAGUGAUUCAGAAGGAGACAAACUUAGAGGGGGACAGAUGUGUUUAAACCAGGCAUGUACAAUGUGUCUGUGUAGGUUCUUAGUCAUGCAGGUCACAUUAGUGUAGAAAGCCUGAAAAAAGAGACAACUAGACUUCUUUAAAUUUGUAAUGAUGUUUGACUUCAAUAGGUCACAUGAUGGUCACAUGAUGGGUUGGGGCACAGUAUGAUGGUACCGACCCUCAUGUGACUCGUGAUAAAUCACAUGACCUUUUCCUUUUAGAAUUGAAGAAGCAUUUUUGGAUGAAAGGUGAAGCGUCUUCACAAACCUAAAGAAGUCCAGUUACCCUUUUUUUAAAGCUCUUUAGACUUUUUAGCUACAUUGUUGAAGAGGCACGUGUAAACAACAAGGUUAAUAUGGCUGCUACAUAUAAUUAUAUAAAAAUGGGAUCGUUGUUUGAAGCAUGUUGAGGCCUUGAUACGCAGUAGCACAACUGGAGCAACCACCCUAACCCGUCCCUGAAAUCUAAGGCACACUGGGUUACUAAGGUAACAAAGUCUGGCUUUAAAGCCAUGUAAAAAUGUUAUAACUGAUGCUCUCCUUUAGGGUUAAAGCAAGAGGUUAAAGAACUAAUUCGCAAACGUUUAGCGUAAAUUCCUUCUUAAGGCUUCUUUACAGCAGUUGUUCAUGGCAUACCAAACACAGACUCCCUGCGUGUUUCUGUAUGAGACGUGACAAAAUGUCACCAACUAUGUGGACCAACCACCGAUUACUCAGUUCAGCCCGUCAUCUGCUGACUUUUGUGGUCGAGGGUCGAGGCUCUGCAAGUGUUUGUUGCAUUCAGUCAUCCCAUCCAGACAUCAAAAAAGCAGAAAAACUGAAACCAGUACGCGUUAUAAUAUAAUUGAGAGGUGAAUCAUGGGUACAAGGCCGCAGCGCUGUUUUCAAUCAGCUGGAUUUUAAGUUUGAGAUUUCUUAAGAGUGAAAGAAAAUGGGUUCAAACGUCAAGGGCAUGAUUAAAUUUCUUUCAAACUGCAAACAGCAAAGUGCCCCUGAGUCAAUCUGAGGCAGAUGGUCACUUGGACAAGUGCAAAAAAGCAGAAUAAUAAUGAUACUGUGGGGUUUUGUGAUUAUCCAGGAGCUGCAUCGAUAUGAAUAUAGGCAGAAAAAUCUCAUUGUUCUGAUGCUCUGUGGAUAUAUUUCAUGCAGAAAAUAGGAAACAUCCACAGUCGCUGUGUGCAGCCGUCACGCCACACAGCGUGCUUCAGUGUUGGAAAGCUGAGUGCAGCUGUAAUCAACAACAGAAAGAAGUUCAGUGGGUGACCCGUCUGGUGAAAAUCACUUGUUGAGCCACAAUGCCACCUGAUUGGGAAGCUCUAUUGUGUGUGUGUGCGCAUGUGUGUGCAGCUUAUUGUUUACACUACUGAAAAUGAGUUUUGCUGAUGGCAUUUUCAGCUGGAUGAAAAUGUACCUGCUGUUUGUGAAAAGGGCCGAAUUUCAAAAACAGAAAGUUUACAUCAAAUGUUUAAAAAGAGAAAAAAGAGAAAUUAAAACACUAAAAGCAUGUAUUGUUUACAACAGCCUAUUCCUGCUGAAGUUCAAGUUUGCUGCUGAACGGGCAAACGCGCCCCCUUUGGCUGAAGUCACUGCGGUCGUUCAGUCGUGCAAUGCGAGCUUCGCUAAGACGGGCACGGAUGAGAAGGGCAGCAUUUUUAAUAUACUAGCAGUGUAUGUGUAUUGUUACUAUAUUGUUGUUUUUUUAUGUGAGCACCUCCACUAGAAAUGUAUCAAACAGAAUGUACAUGUUUAACCCCUUCUAUUCCACAGUAAGUCCUGCACCUUAGUGCUCUGUAGUGUUCAUAUUGUUCAUACGUCGGAUCUGAAGCUCUGUGUUUGAGCACACGUAUCUGGGAAUAGAGAUGGUUGAACUCACUCCCCUGCAGCGGACUACCAGGGCUUAUCUCACUCAAAUUAUUCUAAGUGAGUUAACAUUUUACUUUGAAUGACUUAUGAUUGUUUUAAUUUUAAUAUUUUAUGUCAAAGUGGACCUACUAUGCUUUUCCUUACUUUCUGGUACAUGCAUACUGUGACAGAAAGCAAGGAUUAAUUAAUUAUUAAUUAAUAGUCAAAGGUUCAAAUACUGAGCCCAGCAUAUGUGCAGGUAAUUUCUGUGAGCCAAUUUCAUUCCUGUUUUUCAGGAAAGUAUGAUGUGACAUCAUUCUGGGGUAAAGAGAGUAUGUCCCGAAUAUGGUCACUGGGCGCACACAGCUCUGGUUGUGUGAUUGAAGGGGAAGCCAAUCAGAUGUGAGCUGGUCUUAAAAUAUUGGGGUUUUUUUUAAGUGUUUCUGAUAUUCCAAACUCCGGGAGAACUAUAUUAUCACUUUUUUUAAUCAGUCAUUAUAGAUAAAAACAGAUCUAAGUUAUAUUUUACUAAGUGUUAGCAUGUUAGCUAACUCUUGCUUAUUUGUUUGACCUGCAAAUUUUCAUUCAACUUAGAUGCACGUCAUUUUGUCUUGUGGUCAGUGGCUCUGUGCCCUACAAGUGAGCCCUGCCCCUCAUUUUGAGAACCACUGGCUCAACAGACUGGCAUGUUUGUGCCUUGGUCCCAUACAGCAGUGGUCCCCAACCCCCGGGCAUGAAAUGGUUUUCAGGCUUUUUAUCGUUUUUAGCAUUAUUUUUUGAUCGUUUUUUUCGUUAACUCAGUUUCCAUGGGUCUUUUUCUGUGUGUUAUGAAUAAAUCUUCUUUUCUUUUUUUUGUUACCGGUACUGGUUUUGUUUUGUUGUAUUUAUCCGCAACACCUUAAAGGCCGGUCCGUGAAAAUAUUAUCGGCCAUAAACCGGUCCGUGGCGCAAAAAAGGUUGGGGACCACUGCCAUACAGAGCCUACACACAGCUUUUCUGAUUACUGACGACAUGUUGUAGUUGUUCACUGCCACUAGGGGGCAGUGUCACAGAUAA